AUGUAUACCAAGUCAAAGGGAGCAGGCGUCCCAUCUGAUGCACAAUCCAAAGAGAAGCUCGCAUUUUAUGUUUAUGAGUAUCUGGUCCAUAUUGGUGCACAAAAAACAGCCACAUCAUUUUUACAAGAAAUACGUUGGGAUAAGUCCAUCAGUGUCGGUGAACCCCCAGGCUUUCUGCACUCAUGGUGGAACGCAGCUCCAGAGCGACGGGAUACACACGAGCACUCGAGCGAGGCAAAGGCUUUCCAUGAUUACGUAAGUACUAGCUUAAAGCAGCAGAGUAAUUUUGCGCUUCAGGGCUUCGUGAAUUCCGGCUAUCCCAAUGGGCUCCCGCAUCCGGGUCAUUCCGUCAUGUCCGGGCCAGGUGGUGUAGGUGGUCCACCUGGUGGGGGACCAGGGAUGCCACCGCCGCUAGGUCCUCCAGGACCGGAUCCAAUUUCUAUGCGCCAGCGGCCGUCUGGACCUCCUCUUAUGCCUGGUGGUGGAAUCCCACCUGGUGCAGGUCCAGGCAUCCAGGGUCCCUCGCCUCAUCAUCCAUCCAUGCGAUUCCACCAAGCUGGUGCUGGUGGUUACCCAGGGCCUCCGGUGGGCGGUGGUAUGAUCCCUCCACAUGCAAACCUGAUUCCUGGUGGUGGUCCAAUUCAUCCGAUGCAUAGUGGUCCAAUGAUUCCUCAACAUCAUCAUCAUCCCGGUGCUAUGCUUGGACAUCCCCGGCCGCGUUGGAUGGGCCCGUCAAUCCCCCCUCAGCAACAGUCGCAACAAGGUGGGCCUCCAGGUCCUCAGCAAGGUGGUGGUCCCCCAGUUGUUUGUUCUGGGUCAGCAGGUCCAAACUCCGUAUCAUCUGCGGGACCAGGCAGUGUUGGUCCUGGAUCUUGUGGUGGUGGAGGUGGAGGUAUCGUUCAGAGUCCUGGACAUCCCGGUACUCCCACCCAACAUGUCCCUCCACAACACCUAGCAGUUCCUAGUCCCAUAAACAGCCAGAACAACUGCCCGCCUUCAGAUCACCAACCUUCCGGUAGUGGUUUGCCACCUGGUCACCCACAUCAUCCCACUCCACCGCAGUACGUCGUUGGCCAACCUCCGCCUCAACAGCAGACUCCACCUGCCUCCUCAGCUGGUGCGUGUUUACCUCCAGAAUACAACACCCGACCUUCUCCUCAUUUUGUUUUCGGUGGUGGUGGCGGUCCUGGCUCAACACCAGAAAAUGCAAUGUUUGGUGCCGGACCUGGGGAUUCGGGUCUUCUUAACGGUGGCUCCGGUGGACUUCCUCCACGUAGUAGUGGAAUGAUGCCACCUCCACCACCGGAAUAUUCCAGCGGAAUGCCGUCCGUAUCUGGUGGUUAUCCCCCGUCAGGUCCUGAUUUGAAGGCAUCCCCCCUUCAUACCGGUCCUAGUUUGGGACCCGACUUGAUGGGUCCUUCUGGUGGCCCUCCACCCCUCAUACCGUCAGAGUAUCCACCCUGCACAGGACCCGGAAGCAAUGGAAAUGGCCCAGGCACAUCAGGAUUUGGUAACGCUCCGGAUUCCGUCAUGAUGAUGCCACCACCGUCUCAUCAACAAGGUGGUGUGUUACCACCACAGCAGCAACAUUUAGCAAGUGUUGGCGGAUCUCAGGGACAAGCGCCACCACCACCACAGUACGUGCCAUCUAGUGGACAACAUUCGAGUUCCGGUGGUGGCACUCUACAGUCCGUUUGUGGCGGUUCUAAUCCUAGCCCUGCUGGCGGUCCCGGUUCUGUGCAAUUCCCGGAUGUAGCUCAUAAUGAGCUUCGACCUGGUCUCAUGGCAAUUGAUGUCGAAGAGCAGGUAUCUUGUGUGGUUUUUGUUUGUUAUCCUGGCUCUAGACUGUUGGCGUGGCCACAGGUGCAUAUUGCAGCUCGGUCCAUCGUGUUGUAUACACCUUCAUUCCGCCAUAAAAUAUCCAACAUUCUGCUCGAUGCAUCGGUAGUAAAGUACCGAAAAGGUGAGAUGCAUCACUGGUUAGAGCGCGAAUUUACCGGCCGGCGGUCGAAACCGAGCCCCGCCUCUCAACCCCUCCCCCCGCCUAGGCUUGAGCGACCUGGCAUUAUCCCAGCCGUGCCCUCUGGGUGGCACGGCAGCUGGCAAAGUACUUCAUUAAGUUAUUCCCUUUAUGGACACGGGAUGUGCGGUGUUUCGUGCGUUUCGCUCAAUCGUGUACAAAGUCUUCCCGUGGGCUGGCUACUAGGAGGUUGUAUUCUUAUGACCAGAAUAAGUCCCUGCAACAUCAAGAAGAGCAUUGGUUUUUCAGAUGGCGAAAUCACUGCACCUACUAUUCAAUAG